AUGCCUGGGUUAGACUACCUUCUUUUUGAAGAAGCCACUGGAUAUGGUAUAUUCAAAGUAUUAAUUCAACAAGACGACAUUGCAUCUAGACUGAAAGAAGUCCAAGAGGCCGCCAAUGAUUUAUCUAAAUUUUCCAAAAUGGUGGAAUUAGUAUCAUUUGCUCCAUUUAAAGGUGCAGCACAAGCUUUAGAAAACGCCAAUGAUAUUUCAGAAGGGUUAGUUUCACCAUAUUUACAAUCAGUUUUAGAAUUAAAUUUACCAAAAGCCUCCUCUAAAAAAAGGAUUGCUCUUGGUGUUUCUGAUAAAAAUUUGGGUCCUUCAAUCAAAGAAGUAUUCCCAAAUGUAGAUGUUUUAUCUAAUGAAAUUGUUCAAGAUUUCCUUAGAGGUAUCAGAGUGCAUGGUGCCAAAUUAUUUAAAGAUUUACAAGAAGGUGAUAUUGAAAGAGCCCAAUUAGGUUUAGGUCAUGCCUUUUCCAGAGCUAAAGUUAAGUUUUCUGUACAAAAGAACGAUAAUCACAUCAUUCAAGCUAUUGCCUUGUUGGAUCAAUUAGAUAAAGAUAUUAACACCUUUGCUAUGAGAGUUAAGGAAUGGUAUGGAUGGCAUUUCCCUGAAUUGGCCAAAAUUGUUCCUGACAAUUAUAGUUAUGCCAAAUUAGCCUUAUCUAUUAAAGACAAGGCUUCAUUAACUGAUGAUUCAUUACAUGAUGUUGCUGCUAUCUUGAAUGAUGAUUCAGGAUUGGCUCAAAGAGUUAUUGAUAAUGCUAAAAUUUCUAUGGGUCAGGAUAUUAGUGAACAAGAUAUGGACAAUGUUAUAACUUUUGCUCAAAGAGUAGUAAAUCUUUAUGAAUACAGACAACAAUUAUACAAAUAUCUUACUGAUAAGAUGCACACUGUUGCUCCUAACUUGUCCACUUUGAUUGGUGAAGUUGUUGGUGCUAGAUUGAUUUCUCAUGCUGGUUCUUUAACCAAUUUAUCCAAACAAGCUGCUUCAACUGUUCAAAUAUUGGGUGCUGAAAAGGCUUUGUUUAGAGCUUUAAAGACCAAGGGGAACACUCCAAAAUAUGGUUUGAUUUAUCAUUCAUCUUUUAUUGGUAAAGCUAGUGCCAAGAACAAGGGUAGAAUUUCUAGAUAUUUGGCUAACAAAUGUUCUAUUGCUUCAAGAAUUGAUAAUUAUUCUGAAGAACCAACCACUGCUUUUGGUGAAGUUUUAAAGAAACAAGUUGAAGAUAGAUUGAAGUUUUACGACACUGGAUCUGCACCAAUGAAGAAUUCUGACGCUAUUAAGGCUGCUUUAGCUUUGAAUGGCCAAGAUCUUGCUGAUGGCGGAGAACAAGAAGAUGUUGACAUGGAUGGUGAUGAAGAGGAAGUGAAGAAGGAAAAGAAAGAAAAGAAUGACAAGAAAGACAAGAAAGACAAGAAAGACAAGAAGGAAAAGAAGGAUAAAAAAGAAAAGAAGGAAAAGAAAGAUAAAAAGGAUAAGAAGGAUAAGAAAAGAAAAUCAGAUGAUGGAGAAGAGACUCCAAAGAAAAAGAAGAAGAAGUCUAAGGAUUAG